AUGGCAGACAGCCAGCAGCACACCCCGUGCUUCCGGAACUCGAAACCAGAAUCCUCCAACUUCGUGACGUCGUUAGAUUUUAACGACCAGGGUGAGCAUAUGGUCGCCGCCUGCGAUGAUGAAACCAUUCAGAUAUUCGACGUGAAGGAAGGAAAAUCCACCAAAACGGUUCCUAGCAAGAAAUACGGUGUUCAUCUAGCCAGAUUCACCCACCAUCCCCGUCAAGUUUUACAUGCGAGUACCAAGGUCGACCACUCAUUGCGAUUGCUCGACCUUCACAAUGAAGGGUACAUUCGCUAUUUCUCCGGCCAUACAGACAAAGUGACUUGCCUAGCCAUGUCCCCAGGCAGUGAUUCCUUCAUUUCUUGCUCCAAGGAUGAUACUGUGACUCUCUGGGAUAUUGGUUCGCGCAACCCCCAGGGAAAGCUUAAGCUCGCGACCCCAUACCUCGUGGCAUUCGACCCAUCUGCCUCCGUCAUCGCAAUCGCCUCGCAAUCCACUUCAUCCGUCCUUCUCUAUGAUUUCCGCAAUUUUGAUAAGCCUCCAUUCGCCACAUUUGACCUCACUCCCUAUGAGGAGACAUACACCCCCUCAACUAGAGGUCGUGCCUGGACUCGGCUAGAGUUCUCCAACGAUGGAAAAUACUUGAUGGUCGGCACAGAUUACCACGGGCACUUCGUGCUAGAUGCAUUUGACGGUUCCAUCAAGGCAUUUCUGACAGGAAAGGGCGGUUCGCCGGGUCGUGCUGCCCCAAUUUCUUCAACUGGAAAGCCACUAGGGCAAGGUGACGCAUGCUUCACCCCGGAUGGUCGAUAUGUGCUUGGCGGCAAUGGAGACCAGCAAGAUGUACUUGUCUGGGAUUUGCAGCAGGAGCGAGAAUCUAAUGGCAUGCUUUUUCCUAUGGUCAAACUGCCCCACCGAAACAGGACAGCCCUCAUCGAACAUAACCCACGCUACAACAUGAUUGCUACCGCUGAUAAGGAGACUUUCUUCUGGCAGCCAGAUGACCCCGCUAAACCGUCAGAGAAGUAA